AUGUGGGGCAAUCCCGCGGGAGCGGAGGCGUCUGCUGGCGUCAACCCGGGCAGGGAUCGCUGCCUGGCCUCUCGCCGCUCCCCGGCGCUUGGGGGGAGAGGGUGCCUGCGAAGACAGCAGCUUGCCCCUAGGUCGGGCUUUGCAGGGGGAAGUGCAGUUGGUGCUCUGUGGCCUUCAGAGAGACGUGUGACGAGACACAUGGCAUAUGACCCUGUGACCAGGGUGACAGCGGGGAAAAGAUCUGAGCCGUUUUUACUGGAUUGUUACGAACGUCCAGCUUUGGUUGCUACCCUGCCUGAGGAAAUUCGUCCUGGGCCUGAUUUCCAUGGACUUCCAUGGGAGCCUAUUAUUAUCACUGCCUUAGUGGGAAUUGCCACACUUGCUGUAAUUUUCUGGAGAACCUGCCUUUCAGUAAAGAGUAGAAUAUAUCAAGUGACUGAAAAGCAGCUUGCUGAAAAGAUUAAAAACCUGCUACAAGAAAAAGCAGAAAUCUUAGAAAAGAUGUCAGAAUAUGAUCAAAAGAUAAAGGAAGCAAAGGAAUCUGUGAAAGCGGCCCAAGAACAAAAAGACGUUCUCUCCGAUGAAACUGCAGGGCUUAAGGACACUGUCAAAGGACUGGAAGAAGCAAAUCGUCAGCUAGAUGACAAAGUAAAAAAUCUGCACACAAUGCUUGAAACAGAGAGAAAAAAGAAUGAGAAGAAACAGAACAAGAUCUCUGAAACCCAGAAGUCCUUGGAGGAACUUCAGGAGGCUAUCAGUGUGCAUUCUGUAGAACUUUCAGAGGUGCAGGUAGCCCUUAAUGAAGCUAAACUAAGUGAAGAAAAGGUGAAAUCUGAGCUUCAUCAUGUGCAGGAAGAGAAUGCUAGGCUGAAAAAGAGCAAGGAGCAACUGCUAAAAGAAGCUGAAGGUUGGAGUGAGAGGCAUACUGAGCUCAGUGAGCAGAUCAAACUGUAUCAGAAGUCUCAGAAGGACAUAGAAGAAGCACUCGCCUACAAGGAAAAUGAAAUUGAAGUUUUAACUAACUGCAUUAUGCAGCUGAAGCAGCUCGACAUGGAUUCAGCAUCUGAGGCCAAGAAGGAUGGUGAAGGGUGUGAAUGGAGCACAGGAGACGAUCUGGCCAAUGGAGAGUUGCCAGAUAAUGAGAGUGAGAAGAUGAAGACUCAGAUUAAGCAGAUGAUGGAUGUCUCCAGGGUAAGAACUAUGUUAUCCAUAGUUGAAGAAGACAGAAAUCUUCUGCAAUCCAAACUGAGUGAUGAAGUAACAGCAAGAUAUGAGCUCGAAGAGCAAAUAAAAAAAUUAGAACAUGACUCCUGUUCGCUCCAGUCAGCCAAAGCUCGGCUGGAAAAUGAAUGCAAAACACUACAGCAGAAAGUGGAGAUUCUUGGUGAACUUUACCAGCAGAAGGAGAUGGCACUCCAGAAAAAACUAACCCAGGAAGAGUACGAGCGUCAGGAAAAGGAGCAGAAAUUGUCUGCUGCAGAUGAGAAGGCUGUGCUGGCCAUCGAGGAAGUGAAAGUUUACAAGCAAAGGAUCCAAGAUAUGGAAGAAGAAUUGCAAAAAACAGAGAGAUCUUACAAAAACCAGAUUGCUGCUCAUGAGAAAAAGGCACAUGACAAUUGGCUUAUUGCCCGCUCUGCUGAGAGAGCUCUGGCUGAAGAAAAAAGAGAAGCAGCCAACCUGAGACAAAAAUUAAUAGAAGUAAACCAAAAAAUCGUCAUGCUUCAAAGACCAUUAAUUGUAAAGCCAACUCCAGGCAGACCCGAUCGCCAAGUCCCACCACGACGAGGGCCCUUAAGCAGAGAUGGCUCUUUUGGCCCAUCACCUGUGAGUGGAGGAAAUCCAUCACCCACACAGAUGAUAGAAGUUCCUGCUCGGCCCCUUUCUGCUCCUCGAAGGGAAGGCUCAAGAGGUGAAUUUGGUGCAGUGGUAGAUGGCCCCCCUGCUCCACGAAGGCCACCGGAGUUACCUGGAAGAAUGUCUGUUCCUGAUCUCGGGCCUGCUGUAGCAUCUCUGAUCAGUAGUGGGCCAAGAACCUCCUCCCCUUCCACAGCAAUGGAUGGAGUGGCGAAUCCUAGUCCCAAAGGCCCACCUUCUUUCCCUGGGACACCUAUCAUGACCUCCCCAGUGAUGGGACCUCCACCUCCACCGCCUGUUCGCUAUGGACCGCCGCCAGCUCCUCUCCGUGGGCACUUUGGUCCUCGACCUCCUCCCAUGCCCCUAGUUCGUGGUGCUCCCUUGCCACCUCCAGCUGCAAGAGAUUUCUUACCUGGCCCACCCUUGGGAAUGAGAGAUCUGCCUCCUGGCCCGCUACCGCCUCCUCCAGAUCCGAGAGGCUAUGGUCGUGGGCACCCUCCUUUUCGACCCCUAGGUCCUCCUGGCCCAAGAGAUUAUCCUCCAGGUCCACGGCUACCCCCACCUGGUUCAAGAGACUAUACGCCUUCUCCUAACAGAGACUUGCCUCCACCAGGACCUAGAGACUACCCCGCAGGCCCUCCGCCACCACCGGCAGGCUCAAAGGACUACACACAGCCUCCAGUGCAGAAACCCUAACUGCAGCGCCUGGUCAGCAGCUCAACGGAAUGGACUCUAGCGUACUUCCUGCAGUCAGGAUUUUAGGAAAUGGCUCUCUGUUUGAAGCCAUUUGUCUCAUUUCAGUAUAUUUCAGCUUUUGCGGGAUUAAUUUUUAUCCAAUUGCUACAGACUUAUGUGCAUUUAUGAUCACCUUAAACUCAUCCAUCCUCUUGGGCUGCAAGAACCUUUUUGUGAUGGACUUGAACCUACUCUAAACGUGCAAUAGAAAGGAAGUACCUGUGUGGCUAGUUUUAAUUAAAUGUAGCCUCUGUAACCAGUUGGUGAAUGAACUAAUUUCGUGAAAAAUGUAUAUCAAAUCAUUUCCUGUGGAAAUAAUUUUUAAGUAAAAUGCUAUCCUACCUGCCUUCUCCAUCACAUCAUUAAGCUGCAGUUACUGUAGGCCAGGGGUUUACAUGAGGACCGUGAGGUGU